ACACUCAACACUGGCCUCAUCUCUAUUGCCCCCAUCUCAAAAACCACAUCCAAACACGCCCUUAUAUCAUUCCCUAAAACAUCUCAUAGUGGCAAAGUGGAGUUGAGCUACAAUUCUUACAGCAGACAGAGAAGACUUGUUGUUAGAGCAGCAGAAGCAGACAUCAUGACCACUGAGAAACUGGGUAUCAAGAUUACAAACAACCCACCUGAGUCGAAGCUGUCUGAACUUGGCGUCAGAUCAUGGCCCAAGUGGGGAUGUCCUCCUAGCAAAUUCCCAUGGACAUACUCUGCAAAAGAAACAUGUUAUCUGCUGAAGGGGAAGGUGAAGGUUUAUCCUGAUGGGUCUAACGAGGCUGUUGAGUUUGGAGCUGGGGACAUGGUUGUAUUUCCGAAAGGAAUGAGCUGCACUUGGGAUGUCUCAGAAACUGUGGACAAGCACUAUCUGUUUGAAUAGAAGUGAGAUUUAUGAACUAGCAAGGAGAUGGGAUAUGGCAUUAAAACUUUAGACAAAUAAGCCAUCCUCCGGGAUGAAGCCUAUAUGAAUAAUAUUAAUGUACUAGUAAAUAUGAUGUGUAGAGCAGUGAUCCACUAGUAAAUAUGAUGAAUUAUGCUAUUCAAGUAUCGAAUUAUGGAGUUCAUUUAUGCAGUUAUGCCAGUUCUUCGUUUUCA